CAAUUAUUUACCAAAAUAAUCUCAAAUUAAACAUUGGAUUGACGCAAAACAUUAAAAUGGAUAUUGAUAUUUGCCAAGUUUAAUUCUUCCUAGAUUCGGGUUUCAACUCCAGCCAAAAAAAGAUGUUCGAGUCUAGUAAAACUAAAGAAGAGUGAGGUGAAAAAAAGCGACCAUUAUCCCACUCCUUCGCCGGCUCUAACGCAGAUGAAACCAACACCAUAGCUGACAUUUUUGCCGUCUUUCUCCCUUUCGUCUCUUCCUUUUCAUUCCCACUUUGACGACAUUCCUCGUCAACUUCCACUCUAAUCUAUCCCUACAAUUUCGUAAACCCCGAAACCCAACUACUAUAAAUACAACUACCUUCCAGAAAUGGAAACCAAACGAACAGAAAGUCCGAUCUACACCCGCCGAUGGACUUCCGAACCAGGCAAUAUCACCGCCUCAUCUUUACUUUCUGGUCGACCUCACCAUGUCCGAACUUCUUCAGUCGCCUCCGUAGAAUCACCGACCGCUUCGCCGACGCGUGCACACCAUGCUCGCACUGCUUCAGCUACUUCAAUGUCGAAUGUUAAACGAACUCAGAAUAUUGCUGCUAGAGCUGCUGCUCAACGGCUUGCUCAAGUUAUGGCUUCUCAGACUACUGAUGAGGAUGAUGAGGAUGAUGAUGAUGAUGUUGAUCUACGAUUUGCUGCUCCUGCAUUGUCUAGAAAUAUUGCUAAUGGUUUUGGAAAACUGAAUGUUCCUGAUGUUCCGAAGUCGACAACUACUAGAUCUUCUUCUCCUGGUGUUGCUGCGAGGAAAUCAUUGGAUGAAAUGCCGUUGAUUCGGCCGAAAUCAAAUGGAAGAUCAGUCGGUUCUGUUCGGAAACCUGCGAUCCCGGCUUCGAUGCCGGUUCCAUCACCAGUGCCGCAAAUGAAUGUUACUGCAUUGAAAAGCCAAGGUUCGCUCCCGUCGUUGGAUUCGCCUUCUGUUGUUAAUACAUUGAAAAGUCAAGCUUCUCUUCCAUUGUUGGAUUCGCCUUCUGCUAGGUCUCAGAAAGAUAAUAGUAAGAGAUUCUUUGCAGAUAAAGGGGCAAAUAAUUUAAAAGACGCCAGACUUCAGCAAGAUUCUUCUGCUCUACGUGAUGAACUAGAUAUGCUACAAGAGGAGAACAACAAUGUGCUCGCUAAGCUUAGAGCAGAGGAAGAGCAAUGCAAACAAGUGGAGGCUAGAGUUAAAGAGCUUGAAAAACAGGUUGCAUCACUUGGGGAGGGAGUCUCUUUAGAAGCUAAGUUUUUGAGCAGAAAAGAAGCAGCAUUACGUCAAAGAGAGGCUGCUUUAAAAGAUGACAAGAUAUCAAAAGACAUGAUCAAUAAGGAUAUUGUUAACCUUCGCACUGAAGCCAAGAACGCUAAACAUGAAGUUGAAGCAGCUGCAGCACGACUUCAGAGUGCUGAAUCUGAAGUCAAAUCUCUUCGUUCAAUGACUGAAAGGAUGAUUUUAACCCAGGAAGAAAUGGAAGAAGUAGUUCUGAAGAGAUGUUGGCUUGCAUUUUACUGGGGAUUAGCUGCGCAUCUGGGUAUAUGUGUGGAUAUUGCUACAUCCAAGUAUGAACACUGGUCUUCACUGGCUCCCCUUCCUUUUGAAGUAGUUGUCUCUGCUGGGCAAAAAGCUAAAGAGGAAAGCUGGGAAAAAGGCGGUGAAGAUUCUGAGAGUAAAAGCAGAGCUAACCAAGACUUGAAUGAUUUCACUGGAGAGGGUAACAUAGAGAGCAUGCUUUCAGUUGAAAUGGGCUUAAAGGAGCUUGCAUCAUUGAAGGUGGAAGAAUCCAUUGCAUAUGCAUUUGCCCAACAACGCCGGCCAAGUUCUACAAGAUUGUCUAACUCAGAUUUCAAGUCUCCAGGAGACGCGAAAUAUAUGGAAGCAUUUGAUCUUAGUCCUGAGGAGUCUGAAGAUGUUCUUUUCAAAGAGGCUUGGCUAACUUACUUUUGGAGAAGAUCUCUGAAUCUUGGUAUAGAGAAGGACAUAGCUAAACAAAGGCUUCAAUUUUGGAUUGGUCGAAGCAAACAUUCACCAACUUCACAUGAUGCGGUUGACGUUGAUCAAGGUUUGACGGAGCUGAGGAAAUUAGGGAUUGAACGUCGACUAUGGGAAGCAUCUCGCAAAGAAAAUGAUCUCUGAUGCCACUAGAUAAAUUACACAUAUUUUCUUUUACUAAUUGAGAGCUCAGCUUUCGUUCUUGCAGUCAUUUAGUGUGUGUAAUUCUCUUAUAUAUGUACAUAGCUUAGUUAUAUCCUCUUUGCUGGACCAUCCCUGUCCUGAACAUUGGGUUUUCUGGCAUCAAUAUGUUGAUUCAUCUAUUUACCUUCCUAGUUUCUACUAAUUUCUAUUACCUUUUGCUAUGUAUAGAUCAGUGAUAGCAAAACUGAGCUUAUAAACCAUAAUCAAUACUUUUUGUUGUCUA